AUGGCCGCCAGUCCGGCGAGAAGCGCCCGAUGGGAAGUUGAGCGCGGGCCCGAGGUCUUUGCCGCGCUGGGGGCAGUCCUCCGACUCCUUUCCGGGAGCUCCGACCGUGCUAAGGCCGCUGCUGCCGUCGUGGAGUCUGGCGCGGUGCCGGCGCUGGUCCGCGCAGUCCGAACCUUCACGGAUCUCCUGCUUGAGCCUCUUCCCCUCCGCCGAAGGCAGCCUCCACUCCAUCCUCCAUCCCCACCUGCGCCUACUGCUACAGCUAAAAAAGAUGUUAACAUCGAUCCCGAAGGCGGCGGCCAUGGCUGCUGCCUUUGCCCUCUAGCACAUGGGCCCGGCGUCCGCAGUAGCAUAACCAGCAACGAGAGCGCCAUCAGCGUCGCAGCUAGCGAAAGCGAUGCAAAGCUUGAUAUAGAUAAUUCCCCCCAGCUGCAGCCCAUUAAACUCGCCGCCUGGUACGCAUUCGACAUCUUGGAACAGGUACUCCUGCCGGUACCGGUAAUGGCGACAGGUGCUAUUAAGGCAGCGGCGGAACAAGCCCUGUCCUGCGGCACAGUGGAAGCGCUGCUGCCGCUGCUGCGCCUCCUUCCAAUUUCACAGCGGGAGGAUCAGUCCUGGCGUGUCCUGCGGCUCCUCUUGGCGUUGGCGUGCUUCUCCGGCUCGACAACAACACGGAGCAGCACACCCACAACGGCGCCGUGCACUGGUGCUGGCAGCGGUGCCUGCCCUAGUGGCGGCGGUCGUGCUACUGCCAGCGGCAGCGAAAACAGCCUUCUGGGGCCGCUUUUCUCCUCCGCUUUCGCCGCUUCACCGGAAGCGAUCAAUGGGCUGCUGAAAGCGGCACAAAAGCUCCUGGCAACGCCCGACGCCUUGACGGAUGGCACCUCCGAAACCUUAUUUGCCCUGGUUUCGGAGCUGCUACUACUUCACAGCAACACCAUCACAGCUGGCGGCAGUAGCGGCACAGGCGGCAUCAACGGCAGCGGCGCCUUGAUUACUGUCGAGGUGUUGCGGCAGCACGCGCCCGCGCUGGUGGAGGCUGCAGCUGGCGUCUUGACGGGCAGCAGCCCGAGCGCAUCUUGGAGCGCCCUGCUGCCUUGCACGCGGGAGAGACGGAACCCUUCCGCCGCCUUAACGAGGCGACUCAGCGGGUCGGCUGCCGCUGUCGCCCGGGGGUCCCGGUUCCCAGCCCAGCUGGAGGCGGCUGCAGCCCGGCUGAUGAAGGAGCUGUUAGCCUGGGCACUUGUGAUGGAUGAGCCGAACGGUACCACGGAGGGGGGAGCAGAAGGCGGCACGGACAGAGAGGGGAAGGCGGAGGCAGGGAUCCGCCAGGGACAGAGCUGGCUGCCGGUGACCCAGAUCGCUGCUGCCCUGGUGCAACGCUGGCUGGAACGACCUGGCAUCUUUGAGGCCCUGGGGGAGGCUGGUGUGCAGUGCCUGACGCUGGCCAUGCAACUGGCACCGCCGGCGGAGCUGUGGGCUGGAGAGCGAUACAGGUUGUACCGCGUUCCUGAGGGAUAG